AGGUCAGUGCGCUGCACAGUAGUGCCAGUCAUCACUGAGCUCCUGAAUUGGCCCGGGGAUGUGACUUUGAGCUCGCUGUGUCUCCACGGCCCCACGCUGCGCUGCUUUCCAUACGGGGCGGGGUGCCGCUCAGUCCGGCGCACAGCGCAGAGCGCACCGUCACCAGCUGCUCUCCCCGCACCGUCUGACUGCACAACAUGGGUCUGGAGAAGGAAAAAUCCGACACUAGUAUAAUUAUGGACGAAGACGAGUUCAACAGAUCGAUAGAGCCCAUUCUGAAGAAGGAGAAGCUGUACACGGAGGAGCCGGACCGAGAUCCGAGCGACAUCAACGCGCACUUGAAGGUCGGGUUUGAAGAUGUCAUCGCGGAGCCCAUGUCCUCACACAGCUUCGACAAAGUGUGGAUAGGAAGCCACGCCGCCUUCGAGCUGAUUAAAUUCAUCUUCUACCGGCUGCUGACCACGCUGCUGGCCGUGCCCAUGGCCUUCAUCCUCGGGCUGGUGUUCGCGGUGCUCAGCUGCAUCCACAUCUGGUUGGUGAUGCCGGUGAUCCAGAGCUUCAUGAUGCUGUUACCUUCAAUCCAGGUGGUGUGGAGGAGCCUGACCGACAUGUUCGUAACGCCGUUCUUCCAGAGCAUGGGCAAGUGUCUGUCCUCCGUUCAAGUGAAGACCACCGAGGACUGAUGCAGACAGACCCCUCGCUGUCCCCUGUGGAGACACAAAGAUAGGACGGAUUGCAGUCAGAGAAAAGAGUGCAUGAUGCUUGUAGUGGAAUACAUGAGCUCCUCAUAAAGUCAACCGUCAAAUCCUUCAAAUCCUGCACAAAGUAUUUGUAUCUUUUUAUACAAUUAGGCUAAAUAAUAAGCAUGCAUCUGAUCAUUUGAGGGGAAAAAACUCUCAAAGCAGGGCUGAAUUUGAUGAAAAAGAAACAUUUAUAUUUCAUAUAAUUGAUAAUAUUUCAGUGUUUAUUCAUGACCUGAUGCAUAUUGGAAUAUAGUCAUUAAAUGCUGUUAAAACAACAGUAAUAAGAUACCUAGAAAUCUUUAAAAACGUUACUUUUCACCAGAUUUUAACCUGUUUUGAUCCUUUUUGAGACUUUAUGAAAAGCGCAUGUGCAUCACCCAACAUGGAGUUGUUUUGCUGAAUCUGACCAAAAGAAAAAUUCUUGUCAUUCCAUUAUUUUGUGGCUGAGAGCCGUGGAGGAGUGUUUAACGUUUUUUAAGGCAAACACACUGCUGACCCGCUGAGAUGUAAUAUUUCUGCUUUUUCAUAUACUGUAUAUAUUGCAAGUACUUCAGCUAGAAGUUGAAUGUAUGGAUGUGAGUAGUUCAUAUGAAUAUUAAGUGCUAAGAUGCAGCUUGUUGCACAUUUUCAGGCUUAUUUGACUGUAUCUGCUGUGUUGAUCUCACAGUGCAUUGGCAAUAAUUCCGGGCAUUUGCUUUAUAUGGAUGUAAGCUAUAAUAGAGCUGUUUUACCC